AUGGGAGGGACGAGGUUUAUCGGCUGCUACUUGGUGGCGAAGCUCCGGGAGCUCGGACAUCAAGUGGUGGUCUGCAACCGUGGAAAGACAAAUGGUGGCCUCCCAGAACCACUGCCGGGGAUUGGCGAUGCCCAGUACCAGCAGAUGCUCCAGGGUGUGACGGUGCUGCAAGCAGACCGAAAGAACCCGGAUCAGCUGAAGGCGGCGGUGUCUUCA